GACUCUGUUCCGCCUUCCGAUCUGCUACAUUUUAGGCGAGGCGUUGCAGCGCUUGGCGGCGGCGGCAGCAGCAUCGAGACCCCGCGCGGCGCCAUGGCGAGCAAGCAGCUGCAGGUGCUGGCCACGCUCGACGCCGCCAAGACGCAGUGGUACCACUUCACGGCGAUCGUCGUCGCGGGCAUGGGCUUCUUCACCGACGCCUACGACCUCUUCUGCAUCUCGCUCGUCUCCAAGCUGCUCGGCCGCAUCUACUACACCGACCCCGCCAGGCCCGACCCGGGCACGCUGCCGCCCAACGUCGCCGCCGCGGUGAACGGCGUCGCGCUCUGCGGCACGCUCGCCGGGCAGCUCUUCUUCGGCUGGCUCGGCGACAGGCUCGGCCGCAAGAGCGUCUACGGCAUGACGCUGCUGCUCAUGGUCGUCUGCUCCAUCGCGUCCGGGCUCUCGUUCGGGAGCACGCCCGCCGGCGUCAUGGCCACCCUCUGCUUCUUCCGCUUCUGGCUCGGCUUCGGCAUCGGCGGCGACUACCCGCUCAGCGCCACCAUCAUGUCCGAGUACGCCAACAAGAAGACCCGCGGCGGGUUCAUCGCCGCCGUCUUCGCCAUGCAGGGCUUCGGCAUCCUCGCCGGCGGCAUCGUCACGCUCGCCAUCUCCACGGCGUUCCGCAAGGCGUUCCCGGCGCCGGCGUACCUGGUCGACGCCGCGGCGUCCACCGUGCCGCAGGCCGACUACGUGUGGCGCAUCAUCCUCAUGCUCGGCGCGGUGCCGGCGAUACUGACCUACUACUGGCGGACCAAGAUGCCCGAGACGGCGCGCUACACCGCGCUGGUCGCCAAGAACGCCAAGCAGGCCGCCUCCGACAUGUCCAAGGUCCUGCAGGUGGAGAUCGCCGCAGAGUCGGAGAAGCUUGACGAGAUCACCAGGAACAGGGACUACGGCCUCUUCUCGUCGCGGUUCGCGCGGCGCCACGGCCGCCACCUCCUGGGCACCGCCGCGACGUGGUUCCUGGUGGACAUCGCCUACUACAGCCAGAACCUGUUCCAGAAGGACAUCUUCACCAGCAUCCACUGGAUCCCCAAGGCGCGCACCAUGAGCGCGCUCGAGGAGGUGUUCCGCAUCUCCCGCGCGCAGACGCUCAUCGCGCUCUGCGGCACCGUGCCGGGCUACUGGUUCACCGUCUUCCUCAUCGACGUCCUCGGCCGCUUCGCCAUCCAGCUCCUGGGCUUCGCCAUGAUGACCGUCUUCAUGCUCGGCCUCGCCUUCCCCUACCACCACUGGACCACGGCGGGCAACCACAUUGGCUUCGCCGUCAUGUACGGCUUCACCUUCUUCUUCGCCAACUUCGGGCCCAACGCGACCACCUUCAUCGUCCCGGCCGAGAUCUUCCCGGCGCGGCUCCGGUCCACCUGCCACGGCAUCUCCGCUGCUUCCGGCAAGGCCGGCGCCAUCAUCGGGGCGUUCGGCUUCCUCUACGCGGCGCAGCCGCAGGACAAGGCGCACGUUAGCGGCGGGUACAAGCCCGGGAUCGGCGUGCGGAACACGCUGUUCGUGCUCGCCGCCUGCAACUUGCUCGGCUUCUUCUUCACCUUCCUGGUGCCGGAAUCGAAAGGGAAGUCGCUCGAGGAGAUGUCCGGCGAGGCCAACGACGAGGAAACCUCCGGCAACGACGUCGCCACGGCCGUGCAGCCUUCCGGAGUUCAAAUGGUGUAGACAUGCCUACGUGUUUUUGAAACGGAGGAACUAGACAUGAGGGUCUUUGUUACCACGUAGGAGUAGCUGUGUGCGUGUUAUUUCGUUUUGAGUAGCAUACAUUAAAUUAAUUUUCUUGUACUGAGUUAUCGUAAAAGAACUCUUUUUCCUUAAUGAUUGCUUAAAGGCUUUAGGUAUUGGAUUCGAGAAAUUUAUUUCAAAAUUUCUGUGGGAGUUCU